AUGGACCGUAUGCCCAUGAUGUCGAACAUAAACAAUGUGACUGAAUUUGUCCUCUUGGGCCUCAUCCAAAAUGAAGAGAUUCAGAAAACCUGUUUUGUACUGUUUCUGUUCUUCUAUUUAGUUGUAGUGCUGGGAAACCUCCUCAUAGUUGUCACCAUAGUUCUUAGCUCUCGUCUGAACUCUCCCAUGUAUUUCUUCCUCAGCUAUCUAUCUUUCAUAGAUAUUUGUUACUCUUCUGUUACAACCCCCAAAAUGAUAGCUGACUUUCUUGUUGAAAAGAAAACUAUUUCUGUUAUUGGCUGCAAAGUACAGUUGUUUGGGGGCCAUUUCUUUGGUUGCACAGAGGCUAUAAUCCUUACAGUGAUGGCAUAUGACCGAUACAUUGCAAUUUGUAAACCGCUUCACUAUACCACCAUUAUGACCAAACGGGCUUGUAGUCACGUGGUGGCAGCAUCCUGGGUAGGAGGAUUUAUGCAUUCACUGUUGCAGACUCUCCUCACCAUCCACCUUCCUUUCUGUGGGCCCAAUGAGAUUGAUCACUUUUUCUGUGAUGUUCACCCUUUAUUGAAGCUUGCAUGCACAGACACCUAUAUUAUAAGCAUUGUAGUGGUUGUCAACAGUGGGGUAGUUGCAUUAGCCUGUUUUAUAGUCUUGGUUGUGUCAUACAUUAUCAUUUUGAUCUAUCUGCGAUCCCGCUCUUCUGAAGGGCGUCGCAAAGCACUUUCUACUUGUGCUUCCCAUAUCACAGUAGUGAUUUUAUUUUUUGGACCAUGUACCUUUACCUAUAUUCGUCCUUCCAGCUACUCCUCUGAAGAUAAGAUGGUGGCUGUGUUUUUUGCUGUUAUCACCCCAAUGCUAAAUCCAUUAAUCUACACACUAAGAAAUGAGGAGGUAAAAAAUGCCAUGAGGAAAUUAUGGGGCAGGAAAGUGACUUCAAGUGAGAAAACAAGAAUGUAA